GUAUUUGAUGGCUGGAUACUCAAAGGAGAGAAAUUUCCGAGUUCCUUGGACCAUCCCCUCCCCACUUCCCAAAGAUACAUAGACUUUUGUGAAAGUGGCAAUAUUCAGAGGAGCAUCAGGUCGUCGCAGAACGUGGCAAUGAUCUUCUUCAGGAUCCACCAGCCAGGCAAUGGAUUUACUGUCACAGUCAAGAAAAACGCCAACCUCUUUCCUUGCAACGUCAUCUCUCAGACUCCCUCGGGAAGAUUUACCAUGGUCAUUCCUCAUCAGCACAGAAACUGUAGCUUCUCCAUAAUCUACCCAGUGGUGAUAAAAAUAUCUGAUCUUAUCUUGGGACGUUUAAAUGGCCUCUUUUUGAAGAAACCAUCAGCGGGCUGUGCAGGAGUGGGAGAUUUUGUAGAGCUGCUAGGAGGAACCGGCUUAGACCCAUCCAAAAUGUUUCCACUAGCUGAUCUCUGUCACUCCUUUCACGGAUCUGCCCAAAUGAAGAUUGGCUGUGAUAAUACUGUGCUGCGAAUGGUCUCCAGCGGCAAACACAUCAACCGUGUGACAUUUGAGUAUCAUCAACUCGAUCUGCAGGAAACAGAAAACAGAAAGGAGAACAGCAUUGAGGAAUUCUGCUUUCCUAGUAUCUGA